AUGGCGCACACGCAAGCCCCUCGCGCCUCACCACCACUACCACCACCCGAAAAAACAAACAUCGACGUCGAAGCCACUGCCGCCACCACCGCUCCGCCCCCGCCUCCACACCCCUCGCCCGCCAAGCAGCCCACAACAACGCGCCUCAACGCCCUAACCACGCGCAUCGCCGCCCUCGCCGGGCUCGAGACGCGGGGCGUCGCGCGCGUGCCGCCGUCGCAGCGGGAAGCGGCGUCGCGGGCCGCGCUGGCGCAGAUCGCGCUCGUGUGGCUGAGCACAAACAUGACGGCCAACAACCUGACGCUCGCGAUGCUGGGCCCGCUGGUGUACGGGCUGGGGUUCGCGGACGCGGCGGCGCUGAGCGUGUUCGGGAGCUUGGUGGGCGUGGCUGGAGCGGCGUAUUUGGGGACGUUUGGGCCGCGGAGCGGGUGUCGCACUAUGAUUGUCGCGCGCUACUUCAUGGGCUACUACCCCUCCAAGAUUGCGUGCCUGCUCAACGUCGUCAUCAUGAUCGGUUACGGCAUGAUCGACUGCAUCGUGGGAGGGCAAAUCCUGUCGGCCGUGUCCGGCGGCCACAUGACGGUGGUGGUGGGCAUCAUCGUGGUGGCGGUGGUCAGCUGGCUGGUGGCGGCGUUCGGCAUCACCGUCUUCCACGCGUACGAGCGGUGGGCGUGGGCGCCGCAGAUGGUUGCGCUGCUGCUGCUGUACGGCGUCGCGGGCCCCAAGUUCGACACGGCGUCCGUCUCCACGGGCUCGGGCGCCACGCUGCACGGCAACCGCCUCAGCUUCUUCUCGCUGUGCCUGUCGGCGCCCGUCGCGUGGGCCCCCUCGGCCGCAGACUACUUUGUGUAUCUCAACGAGGCGACGCCGCCGUGGCAGACGUUUGCGAGCGCGUUCGCGGGCAUGGGCGUCGCCGCCGUGAUGGUGGAUCUGGCGGGGGUGGGGCUGGCGUCGGGGGCGCUGCGCGACGCAGGCUGGCGCGGCGCGUACGAGACGUCGGGCGGGGCGCUCAUCGUGGCUGGCUACGAGGGCAUUGGGGGGUUCGGGAAGUUCUGCUCCGUCGUCGUCGCACUGGGCGUUAUUGCCAACAACAUUCCGGGAACGUACUCGGCGGCGCUGGGGUUUCAGGUGCUGGGGCGAGGGCUGGCACGCGUGCCGCGGUGGGCUUGGGUGAGCGUCAGCGCCGUCAUCUACCUGGCGUGCGCGCUCGGCGGGCGCAACAGCCUGUUUGACAUUUUCGAGGACUGGCUCGCGCUGAUGGGGUACUGGGUGUGUCUGUGGAUCUGCAUCGUGGGUGAGGAGCAGGUGCUGUUCCGACGAGGGAAGGAUGCGUUUGACUGGACGGCGUGGAACGACGAGGCGCGGCUGCCGCUGGGGCUGGCGGCGCUGGCGGCCUUCUUGAUCGGGUGGGCGGGGGCGAUUGUGUCAAUGGACCAGGCGUAUUAUGUCGGGCCCAUUGCAGCCAUGGUGGGAGCGGACGGGGCGGAUCUGGGCAUCUGGGUGGGCUGUGGGUUUACGCUCGUGACGUUUCCGGGGUUGAGGUGGUUGGAGUUGAGGAGGUUCGGACGGUGA